AUGGAUGUAAAGCAUAUUAAAGAAUACCUCUCCUGGCUGUACUACCAAUAUCUCCUCAUAACAUGCAGCUAUGUCCUGGAGCCCUGGGAGCAGACCAUUUUUAACACUGUACUAUUGACCACAAUUGCGAUGGUGAUUUACAGCUCUUAUAUCUUCAUACCGAUACAUGUUCGUCUGGCGGUGGGGUUUUUCUCUGACAUCUUUGGAGGACAGCAUGAAAGUACUGUUGCCCCGAUGAGCUGA